AUGAUGACGAUGAGAGCAAUCAAUGGUUGCUCCAUCUUCCGCUCCGCCACUUCCGGCGGCGGUCCUCCCGUUUCCCUAUUUCGCCACCGUAUUCAGCGACUUAGAGCGUCUCAUCUCCGGGAAUUCUCGAAAUUAGGGUUAGGUUUUCCACUACUCCGGUCGAAUAAGCGGUUUCUCGGACAGACUAGCGGUGGUGAUGCUCUGAGCUGCUCGUCUUGCAUUCAUAGUCUGGUAGAAAGUGUUUCCGAAGAGCUCGAAUCCAUCAGAAGGCGCAAGGGAAGCCGAAUCAUAGUUCGUGCCAGUGUGAAGGUGAAAUUAACAAGCUACGGAGAGGUUUUGGAGGAUAAGCUAGUGAACCAGGAGCUAGAGGCGGGUUUGCUUCUGGAGUUUAAGAAGGACGCAGAAAGGGUAUUGUUGGCAGUUGCUCAUAGACGUGAUGGGAAGAAGAACUGGAUGGUCUUUGAUCAGAAUGGUGUUAGUUGUUCCAUCAAACCGCAGCAAAUUACGUAUAUCGUCCCGGGUGUUCAUAAUUUUGACCAUACAGAACUUACUGAUUUUCUCCAGAGGGCGCAGGAUAACUUGGAUCCUCAGCUGCUUGAGUUUGCUUGGAACGAGUUACUUGAGAAGAACAAACCUGUGACGCCAGAAGAAUUAGCAGAGAUUAUUUAUGGUCGCUCAGAUCCUCUCGAAAGCUAUUGUGCUCAUUUUUUGCUAUCGAAAGACGAGAUAUACUUUUCUGUCAUGGAGUCAAAAGGUUCUCGAUCAAUAUAUAGUCCCCGGCGUACUGAACAGGUGGAGGAGCUUUUACGUAAACAGCGUGUGAAGGAGGCAGAAGAAAGUGAGUUUCAGGAGUUUAUUCAUUUGCUGAAGUCUGCCAAGAAGGCGCCUAGUCACGCCAAGCCCCCCAAAUCUUUAUGGCUAGCUGAUGAUAAAGUCCGAGAUAAGUUUGGCUCACUUGAAGCUUAUGCUAUUGAUGCAUGGGCAAGCAUUGACCAGCGCAAAUUGGCUGGAAUGAUCUUAAAAUCCAUGGGGUUACAGAAAACAGCUGCCUCGGCACUAAACCUUCUCAUAGAUGUUGGAUAUUUUCCUGUACAUGUAAAUUUUGAUCUGCUUAAGCUGAAUCUUCCCACCCACCACUCAGAAGCAAUCAUUGACGCAGCUGAAGUUCUUCUUUCAGAGUCAUCUGAUCUUGAUGCGGUUAGGAGGAUUGAUCUCACACACUUGAAGGUUUAUGCAAUUGAUGUUGAUGAGGCCGAUGAGCUUGACGAUGCCCUGAGUGCAACGAGAUUGCAGGAUGGACGGAUAAAGAUCUGGAUACAUGUUGCUGAUCCUGCAAGAUAUGUUACACCUGGGAGCAAAGUGGACAGAGAGGCAAGGAGAAGGGGAACUUCUGUCUUUCUGCCUACGGCUACUUAUCCAAUGUUUCCCGAUAAACUUGCCAUGGAAGGGAUGAGUUUAAGACAAGGAGAAAUAUGCAAUGCUGUCUCUGUGUCUGUUGUCCUACGUUCUGACGGCAGUAUUGCAGAAUAUUCAGUAGAUAAUUCAAUCAUCAGACCGACCUAUAUGUUGACUUAUGAAAGUGCUUCUGAGCUGCUUCACUUGAACCUGGAAGAAGAGGUUGAACUGAAAUUGCUGUCUGAGGCAACUUUCCUCCGCUCUCAAUGGCGCCGUGAACAGGGUGCAGUAGACACAACUACACUAGAAACUCGUAUCAAAGUAGUGAAUCCUGAAGAUCCAGAACCUCUGAUUAAUCUCUAUGUGGAAAAUCAGGCAGAUCGGGCAAUGAGACUUGUCUUUGAAAUGAUGAUUCUUUGUGGGGAGGUUAUAGCAACGUUUGGGUCUCAGCAUAAUAUUCCAUUGCCUUAUAGAGGACAGCCACAGUCAAAUAUUGAUGUAUCUGCAUUUGCGCAUCUUCCAGAAGGACCCGUACGUUCUUCAUCCAUUGUCAAAGUUAUGCGUGCUGCAGAAAUGAAUUUCAGAUGUCCUGUUCGACAUGGAGUGCUCGGGAUUCCUGGUUACGUUCAGUUCACAUCUCCCAUCCGUCGAUACAUGGAUCUUGCUGCACACUACCAGAUUAAGGCGUUUCUUCGAGGAGGUGACAACUUUCCGUUCUCAGCUGGUGAGUUAGAAGGUAUAGCAGCAUCCGUAAACAUGCAAAACCGAGCGGUGAGAAAACUCUGCAACAGCGGUCUCCGCUAUUGGGUAAUAGAGUUCCUCAGAAGACAACAAAAGGGUAAAAAAUACACAGCAUUGAUCUUGAGAUUUGUCAAAGACCGGAUCGCAUCCCUAUUAUUGGUUGAGGUGGGUUUUCAAGCAACCGCUUGGGUAUCAGAAGGGAAACAAGUGGGAGAUGAAGUCGAAGUUCGAGUAGUAGAGGCUCAUCCCCGGGACGACAUUAUUCUUCUCAAAGAGGUUAUUUAA